GCGGGGAGACAUUUGGGGCAAAGGGUUCGAUUUUAAAUUUAUGAUUGCCAGGCAGGCGCUUUGAGGAUUUUAAAUUAUAUCCAAUAUGGUGGGCAAAAUACGGUCCGUUUAAAAAAAAAGGAAAUUAUUAGGCAUUCUAUACCGUUCAUUUUGGGAAGAUAGUACUGGAUAAUGACAUGUGCAGAAGAAGUACAAGGCUGGAUAAAUGCUGUACAACUGUACGAUUCAGGUUUAAUUAUUGAAGCUGUGGAAACGUUUGAAACUUUGGCACCAAACUCAAAAAUUAUGUUUAACAUUGGAUGUUGCUACCUUAAUAUCAGCAAUAGUGUCAUUGCAAGACAGAAAUUCGAAGAAGCAAUUAAAAUGGACAAUCAUUUAGCUAUUGCUUAUUUUAUGAUAGCAAAAAUAUUACACGAUGAGCACAGGUUAAGUGAAGCUCUGGAAAUAUAUGAAUCUGCACUGAAAAAGUUACGUGGCAAUCGAUUAGUUGAUUAUCGACCAUUGGGACUAAAUUAUCAGCUAUAUGCAAGUGAGAUAUUUGCAAAUCAAGGUAUCAUUUCGUAUAAACUGAACCAAGACUCCAGUUUCUACUUUAUCAAAGCAACAAAAUUUGCUAUCGAAGAACGACAUAAGCAUGUGGAUGAAAUUCUGCAUGAAUUGAAGAUGGGAAAAGGUACUACCAGUUUAUUUUUCAUGCCGUUAUGCAAAUUGUUUAAACCAUCUCAAAGCUUUGUAUCAAAUGCAAAAAAGAAAAAUUAUUUAGGAGAAUCACAGGUAAUAUCAACAGAAAACGAUGAGAAAAUUUACGCUUGUUUUUCUGGAAUAAAGUCAAACGUGCAACCAAAGAAAAUUAGAACAUCGCCUUGUAAACCGUCUCUAUCGCCCAAACCGCCUCCGCCAUCUAGACCGCCUCCGCCAUCUAAAGAAAAACUCUUAAAAUCAUCACCAAUGCUAAUGAAAAAACCUUCCCCUCCGAAAAGACCAGAAACUUUACCGAAAAAAUCCGGAUUGCAACCUAGAAAAACCGAAAGUUCAAGAACAGUUCUAAAUGACAGUGGUUGUACUAAUUGUGAUGACGUCAGCAUUAUUGAGAAAAACAAAACUGAUUUAAAUUUUAACAAAAAUGAUAUUUUACUUUUAAAGGAGACACUUGAUUUAAUACCAUCGCCGCCAUAUCCUUUAAAUAAGAAAAAAAACAAAAGUUACUCGCUUUCUGCACCUCGAAAACGUUUACCCGUGUUCACAGCCAACAUGGCGGCUGAUAACGUUUCAAACAAAACAUUUCCCCGUUUAACCAAACCGAGGAAACCCUUACCUAAAUUUGAAUAGGGGUAAAAUAUCUUUAUAUAUCUUUCAUAUGUUUUAGAUGGUUGUCCAAUAUUCUGUAAAGAUUUUGGCUAAAACAAACAAAAAAUACGAAAACGCUCCUUGUAGGUGGAUCUUGUUAAAUAUUUCAUCUUGGAUUGCCGCUAAUACGAAUUAA